AUUUACUUUAAAUUCAUAGUUAUAAGUAAAUAUAAAUAAAUAAUUACAAGUUUGAAAAUGUUAGUUUGUACAGAUGUUCAUUAUCGUAUUUGAUAGUAUUCCAUGCUAUAAGGCCGAUUUCUUUUUAUUUUUGAGAGGUUAUUUGAAUGUUCAUUUACAAGCAAACAUGUUUCAAGUUUUUCGUAAGUCAAGUCGAGUAAAAAUAUCUACUGCUUGUAAUUUUCACUCAUCAUUGCAAUGUGUCAAAGAAAAAACUUUUUCUCAAAAACUAGCGGAUGGACCUAACUUAGAACAUUUUAUUGCUGGUACCUACAAAGAAUAUAAUGGAAAGUUGAAGUUAGAAAAAGGUGAUAAAUCUCGAUUGAAAUUGCCACCUUGGCUAAAGACAGAAAUCCCAAUGGGUAAAAAUUAUAGUAGAAUAAAGUCACAAUUAAGACGAUUACAAUUAAGCACUGUAUGUGAAGAAGCACGAUGUCCUAAUAUUGGGGAAUGUUGGGGAGGUGGUACACAUGGAACAGCAACGGCUACUAUUAUGUUAAUGGGCGAUACAUGUACCCGUGGUUGUCGUUUCUGUUCUGUAAAAACAUCACGCACACCAUUACCAUUAAAUCCGGAGGAACCAGUAAAUACGGCAACUGCAAUAACAGAUUGGGGUUUGGAUUAUGUUGUACUUACAUCGGUAGACAGAGAUGAUUUAAGUGACGGUGGAGCUAGUCAUAUUGCAGAAACAGUGAAGGAAAUUAAAAAAAGAAGUAAUAUUUUAGUGGAAUGUUUAGUACCAGAUUUUAGGGGAGACAAAAAUUGUGUUAAAAUAAUUGUUGAUUCUAAUCUUGAUGUGUUUGCUCAUAAUAUUGAAACUGUUGAACAUUUAACUCCAUUUGUUAGAGAUAGACGAGCUGAAUAUAGACAAUCGUUGAAGGUAUUAGAAACAGCAAAGGAAUGCAAUCCAGAAUUAAUUACAAAAUCAUCGAUAAUGUUAGGAUUAGGGGAAACUGAUGAAGAAAUUGAGCAAACAAUGACAGACUUAAGAGAAGCAGGUGUAGAUGCUUUGACACUUGGCCAAUAUAUGCAACCUACAAAAAGACAUUUAAAAGUAAUUGAAUAUAUUACACCUGAAAAAUUUAAAAAGUGGGAAAAUAUUGGAAAUGAACUAGGAUUUUUAUAUACUGCAAGUGGUCCAUUAGUGCGUUCAUCAUAUAAAGCUGGAGAAUUUUUCUUAACAAAUAUAUUAAAAAAACGUAGAAACAAACAGAUUGAAAACCAAUAAACAUAUUUGUUUUAAUUGUAAUUGAAAAUACUUGUGUAUUCAUGUAUAAUAGUACAAAUUAUUGUAUAUCUGUACAUAAAGGAAUACUAUCAAAUCAUGUAGAUAAUUGUAAUUACGUGGCUAAAGAAAUAUAUUAUAUAUAUUGAAAAUUAACAAAAUUUUCAUGAUUCAUGACAUCCUAUUGUUGUAUUGAAUAUGAUGAGGAAAAAUACAAUUUUUAAACGUAAAAUGCAAAUUCAUUUUAAAUGUAUACAUAAAAUAUGCUAUAAA